CUACACCUUAAUUUGUAAAACGAAAAAGCAAAAGCCUUUCUGAUGUGAAAUAGGACAACAUAGUGGGGACUUAUCUUUGUAUCCUAGGAUUUUCUUUCUUUUUUUGUUUAAAGAUUGUGGCUCAUACAAACAGGCUAUUGGAUUAAUAUACAAGAGUAGUAGUAUUUGCAGUGUUCAAGCUCACAAAUAAUUUGUUCAUCUGUUGAUAUAUACUAGUCGGUGAGAUAACAAAAAGGUAAGAAUUGAUUGUAUUUGCUCAUGGCCAGAAUUGUUGAAGCAAAGAAGCCAAUUAUCCACCGCGAUGUGAAGUCAUCCAAUAUUCUUCUGACAGAGAGCAUGAGAGCAAAAGUUGCCGAUUUUGGAUUUGCAAGGCUUGGAGAUCAGGACUCUGAUAAAACACAUAUUUCAACCAAAGUGAAAGGGACAGUCGGUUACCUCGACCCUGAGUAUAUGAAGACUUAUCAACUCACCCCAAAAAGCGAUGUGUACUCAUUUGGGGUUUUAUUAUUGGAAAUUAUGACGUGCCGUCGGCCUUUAGAGUUGAACAGACAUGUUGAUGAGAGGGUGACGCUUAGAUGGGCCUUCAGAAAUUACAAUGAAGGAAAUGUCGCGGAGAUGUUGGACCCUCUAAUGAACGAAGCAGUAAACGAGGAGAUACUGUUGAAGAUGUUUGGUUUGGCAAUUGAUUGUGCAGGACCCAUGCGAUCAGAUCGCCCGGACAUGAAGACGGUGGGGGAGCAGUUGUGGGGAAUUAGAAUGGACUACCUAAGGAGAGGAAGGAGACAGUAGUAAGUGCAAAUUGGGGGUCGCUUUUCAAAUCUAGUUGUAUUGUAUUAGUAGUAAAGAAAAUACAUCUUUUCACAAAGCAUACUUGGCCUUCUCUUUGUUCUUAUUCCAUUUCUUACUUAUUCUAAGUUACAUGUUUGUGUUGUUUCUGAGUUAUGACGCCAUGCAUUAACAGAUCAUAUCCUCCACUUGAAGGUUGUUUCAGACAUGGUUUACUAGGAAAU